GAAAACAAUCAUUGUAUCAACAGGCAUUUUUACAGACGGCUAAGUGCGGGGCUAACAAAAGGACCCAAACAACACACACCGGAAAUUUUGAGAGAAUGAAGUAAACAUUGGCGUUAACGCUUAAAUUAUCUGACUUCCGGCUCUUUCAGACUCCUCAGAGUGGAUAAAAUGAACAACAUGUCCCCUGAGGUUGCACUGCACCGGAUCUCACCUGAGUUGCGGCCCUUGCUGUGCAGCGUUGUGCGGAACGGGCGUGUAGGACUCGACUCCACAAACUGUCUCCGUGUCACAGACCUCAAAACUGGAUGUACAUCUCUGACCCCUGGUCCCUGCUGUGAUCGCUUUAAACUUCACAUCCCCUAUGCUGGAGAAACCCUGAAAUGGGAUAUCAUAUUCAAUGCGCAAUAUCCAGAAUUGCCACCAGAUUUUAUUUUUGGAGAAGAUGCAGAGUUUCUCCCUGAACCCUCAGAACUACCACACUUGGUCCAGUGGGAUGCUGGGAACCCAGAAUGUUUGCUCCAGCUGGUGAAGGAGCUUAUCCAGCAGUACCACCACUACCAGUGCCAGCGUCUGCACGAAAGCUCCAGGCUGCUCUUUGAGUAUGAUAGCCUGCUGGAGGAUCCCAACUACGGCCGCAACAUGGAGAUUUAUGCCGGACACAAGAACAGCUGGACGGGAGAGUUUUCAGCCCGUUUCCUUCUCAAACUCCCUGUGGACUUCAGCAACAUCCCUGUCUAUCUCCUUAAGGACACAGCGCUGGACCCUGGAGAGGACGUGGCCCUUCUCUCAGUGAGCUUUGAGGAUGCUGAGGCUACCCAAGUCUUCCCAAAACUCUACCUUUCCCCCAGCAUUGAACAUGCUCUGGGAGGCUCCUCAGCACUUCAUAUCCCAGCAUUCCCCAGUGGAGGAUGCCUAAUUGACUAUGUCCCUCAAGUGUGCCAGUUACUCACCAACAAGGUGCAGUAUGUCAUCCAAGGCUAUCACAAGAGGAGAGAGUAUAUCGCUGCCUUCCUCAGCCACUUUGGAAUGGGUGUGGUGGAGUACGAUGCUGAGGGAUUCACAAAACUCACUCUUCUACUUAUGUGGAAGGACUUCUGCUUCCUAGUACACGUGGAUCUCCCGCUGUACUUCCCCAGGGACCAGCCCACCCUCACCUUCCAGUCUGUGUACCACUUCACCAACAGCGGUCAGCUCUAUUCUCAGGUGCAGAAGUCAUAUCCCUACAGUCCUCGCUGGGACGGCAAUGAGAUGGCAAAGAGGGCCAAGGCAUACUUCAAGAGCUUCAUCCCUCAGUUCCAAGAGGGAGCCUUUGCCAAUGGGAAACUCUAGUACUCUCUAGCUUAAUGACAUGCCUGGAGAGUUGCCUGUGGGUGUGUGUAUGUGAGUGUGUGUUUGUGCUUUUGUCAUUGUGUACCUCUAUAUGAGUAUGCACAGACUUACAUUUAUGAAAUGCACUGUACUGUAACAGUACAGUGAGAAUGACAGUGUGCUUAUUGCACACAGACUCUGUGAAUUCCACAAUGUCUGACCUUGAAAUGGUUGCCUCUUAGUACGCUCACUCUUUAUUUUAGUUUUGUGGAAUCAGGCUGAAAUCAUGAUUGUUUCUUGCUUGUUGUCAGCUCACAGUAAAGAGCAUUUAUUUUGAAGAGAAACUCCAAACUUUGACAGGAACUUGAUGAAACAACCUGUACAAUCUGUCUGUCCUGACCUAACAAUAACUAGUAUUGUUUAAUUGUGUUGUGCCAAUGAUGAACUGGCUUCAAACAGUCAAACCACAGAGGGUUGGGCUCACAACACUCCAUCCAGAGCUGCCGUGCUAUGAACAGAUAUUUUUUGAUAUGUAAACGAUAUGUAAACUAUUAACUACAUGUUAAUCACAAAGAGCUGUAGGGACAAUGCAAAACACCUUUGUUUACUGUUCGUUUGUCUUUGUCACUCACGUGAUCGUCAAGUUUGGCUCCACUGUCGAUGUUUAAAAUGAUCUACAACUAGUUUUGCCUUUUUAAUAGUUUGUAUGUUCCAUUUGACUGUUUAAAGCCCCGUGAAGUCUUUUACUGACCUGUUGACAGCACUGUAAGUUACUGAAGAAUAUGUUUUGUCAAAAUUUCUAUCCAGUAAAGAAGUCUGUUUCCCCCGA